AUGGUUCAUGUGACACGUUUUUUCGACUUAAGAGAAGUCCAAUUCCAACUGGAAACCGGUACUGCCAAUGCUCCCACCUGGAGUAAAAAGAGACUCGUCUACCUAGCUUCCGAUGACCCCUCUGUUUUUACAGAAGCCAGAGAGCAGUACACAGACUACAUAUUCCUAGGAGACCAAAAAAAGGCCAAACCCUGGAGAGAUUCGACCGAAGACACCCUAUUCGCCAUCAUGACAGAUAUUUUGGCUCUGGCCAAAUCAGACUUCCUGGUCUGUACUGCCUCGUCCAAUGUCUGCCGACUGGCCUACGAACUGAUGCUCGCUCAACAACCAGCCAAUGAUGAUGCGACCUUCAAUUUCCAGUCCGUUGACGUCAGAUUUAUCAGUCAUAGAAGUAGACAAAGACGGUGGAAAGUCAUCGCAGAUUUUAAGGACAACAACUUUGUGUUAGGGGAUUUGUAUUCGCUGUCUGCAAAUUCUUCUGAUGGAUUUUUGCGCUCCUUUUGCGCAUUAGAUGGAAAUUGUCACAAACAACUGAUACCCGCCUACUUAUUACAAGAGAUUAUUCUUAGAUACUCGAAAAGUUAA